AUGGAGCGGCAGAUAUUUCGGGCCGCGUGUCUGAUUCUUCUCACGAGCACCGUCCUGUCGUGCGUAGCGUCGGAAACAAGUGAACAGAAUCCUGCGGCAAAUUUCACAACCACCAUCCCGAAAGAGGGACUCGAGAGGGACGUGGAGCAAGUCUUUUACCUCGGACCGUCCAGCACGCUCCAGGUCAUCGACGAAACCGGGAAAGCCAAGUAUCUGCCGGAACCCAGCCAAAGUGAUGAUGAAGCAUCGUCGGGCCCGUACACCGCCGCGUAUCUAUUUGAGAAUGGAGCGUGUGAUUUCACUCAGACUGUCGAGUUCAAGGAUGCAUUUCAAGGGUACACAAAGCCGCCAUGGGUCGCUGACGAGAAAGGUUCGGGAGCGAGUGGGGAGGCGUCCUCGGGAGGGCCUGUUCGGUACACAUUUACCAAUCCGUCUGCAGAGUAUUUGGGUGGGGGUUUGAGUUUUUGUGUAAGGUUUAAGACAGCGCUUUCUUCUGGGUCAGAUUCAGAAACCAACACUUCGACUACGCCGACGGCUGGGACAUCCGCCGUGACACCAGAAGAGGGCACUACCCAACCAGGCAACCAGAAUGGCCAGGUGCCUCCAGUAGUCUCUCCAAACCCCCCUCGGCCAGGGGAUGUGUCGACUCCCAGUGGGCCGAGCACAGACGUCGAACACCAUCCAGAUGGUGACAAGGGAGAGGACGAGGCCGACCCCAAAUUGCCUGGGGAGGAUUUCAUAGAUGUCGGCAGUGACGGAAACGUCCAAAGACCCCCACCUGCGGCAGCUGCCCAUGAAGGGAAUCAGAGCAUGCAAGAAAUUCUUGCAACAAAAUCUGACAACGCAGCCUCUCCUGAAGCCCACAAAGAUGGCGACGGUCUCGAGACGGGUGUUAAGGGAGGACAUGACGGCGCUCGGCUGAGACGUCUUAGUGAGACAUCUACAGUGAAGGAUGCAUUUUUGACUAUUGUGGUCCACUCCGGGGCCUGGAACGUUUCAGCGGCAAGGGCUGGAUUGUCUGUUUUUUUCACUUUGACGGCUGCACUGAUGUUGGUUUCCUAA